GCCACAUUUGUAACCAAAGCAACGGUCGAUUUUGGAUUCUUGCGCUGAACUCUCAACAGCUCUUUCAACCAUGAUGCUACCAACCAAACUUGUGCUACCACUGUAUCAUUUGACCGUAGUGUUAGCGUCAUGUGUUGUUGGGGGAUCUUCAGAGGUUUUUUCCAAGCGACAGCUCGCGGCGGAUGACAGUGACUACUGGCAACGAUUCCUCGGAGGCAUUAGUGAUAGCCUACCCACGUCGCCACCAAAAUCUCCUUUCCCAACUGCCAUUCCCACUCGAGAAAGGACACCAGAACCCACUGCUGCUCCAACAAAGCUCCCUUCGUCUCCUGUGCCGAGUCCUAGACCGACUCGUCAGCCAUCUCCACCUACAAGUACCACUCCCUCCAAUGGGCUGAACUGUGAAUCUGAAGUUUCGAUUUCCUGCGUGAAUCAAGAUGGUGUGUCCUGCGAUGAAAUUGUGCCACCGCGAUGGGAGUGUGAUAUGGGAAGGAAAUUGCAAAGCCUCCGUUUCAGUCUGGAGUUUUGUUCCUGCGCUGACAGCAUCAACACGCAAGAAGGGUUCCUCCUGGAUUGCUAUGAUUUACUACCGUUCCCGUCGAGUGCCGACAACAGUGUCCGGGUUACCUGUGUAGCUGUAGCCGACAAUGCUCUUCUUUUCUCAAGUACGAUCCAAGAUGGAGAUGACGUACUCAUAGCAGCAGAGGUAUUAGAUGGAGACUUCCUACCGGAAGAGACAAGUUGUUCAAUCUUCACGAAAGAUGGUCUUUUGAUUCAAUCAUUCAUCAUCAACACCUCAGGGAACGUGGACUUGGCCCUGACAAACAAGUUCGCUAGCUUGUCCCUUCAAGCUUGCGAUACUCAAGACUGUCGAAUGGAAGCCAAAUAUUCGUUUGUCGUGUCCAAUACGGGGAUGGUACCCUUGACUGUCACCUCGUUGGAGCGGGCCCGGAACGGAGAACUGGAAAAUCUCCUCCCAGAUCUGGAGUCAACGCAACUAGCUCCUGGAGAGGUUGGACGGGUUGGUGAGGCAGAAACUGCAGAUCUCUGUGAAGGGGAGGACUACUUCUUCACCGUUCUCAACUACAUGGCAGUCACAUCCAAUGGAGAUGGAUGUGAAGGGGAAGCAGAUUACUUUUUCCCCAUAUUGUUAGGAUGUUUGGUCAAUGUGCAGAUCAAGUGCAAGUCCGAAGAUGGCACCGAGUGCACCGAGCUGGAGACUUCCGCUGUGGGGAGUGCAUGCCUUAUGGAAGUAACCUACGAAUAUGAGAUCGAAAACGUCGGGGCUGGUACCAUGGACAUCACCCUCAUUGAUCGCACCCGCAACAAUGUAACCGUUUCACUCCUUGACUUUGUCCGUGUCACUUCCCUUGGUCCUGGCGAGAUGACAUUGAUAGUAGAGAAAGAAACUAUUGAUCUCUGCGUCGAAGAGGAGGUUGCUACUCAGCUUAGAGCAGAAGCAGACCCUCCAAGCAGUGUUCUCUGCACCGAUGAUAGCACGUACACGUUUGCGACCAGAAGAAUUCAAUAGGCAGGUACCCGUAUUUCUUGAGUCCUACCCAGAUCUAAUAAAUAGAUCUUACCCACAAUCUGGUUUUACCGAUGUGAUCCAUAGCGACGUCAAGUUCCGUUCUUUGCAAUGAGACAUCGUUGACUAUCCUGAAAGGCGGCACCAAUGAAACUUGUAGAUAGUGGCUAUCGGCGCUCCAAAGCACUACUAGCUAGUACCUCGUCUCGAACGGAGCUUCCUAUUAAUAGCUUGCCAGGGCUCUUUUCGAAGUUUAUUAGUUAUAAAAAAAUCAUGAAACCCACACUGGAAAAUACUCCUUCUUCCCGAAACCAGUUUGGAUUUCAUGAUUCUAAUCAAAUUAGGGAUGG